AUGUUAGAUGAACUAUAUAAAGCAGAACGUGGAGAGAUGGAAAAGAAACUUCAAGCAAAAGAUGAAGUCAUUGAAUCCAAAGACAAAAGCAUACAGAAAAGAAUACCACGUUCAGUACCAAAAGGAAAGGAAAAAAGCUAUAAGUAUAUGAUUUACGCUGAAGAGUUGGAGAAAGAAGAAGAUAGAGAUAUGGUUAUGUUGCAUUUAGUGAGAAGAAACAACAAGAGCUUUUAUGACUUAGCUAAGAUAUAUAAAUCUGACAGAAACUGGUUCUAUCGUGAAAACUUACCGAUUUCAAUGACACCGAAUGAGCAAAUAAAGGAAAUUGUCAAAAAUACUCUUCCUCAAACACACUAUGACAUCAAAGGUUGCACAAUACUUACAUUUAAAGAAGACUUAACAUUACUGAAAGAAAAGAUAACAGAAUAUUUCGACAACUUCAAAGAGGAAGAAUGA